UUCCCCCCCAAAGAAACGUUGAACUUGGGAGGGGAAAACAUUUUCCAAACUCUACCACUCCCGUCACCCACGUUCAUUAGAAAAUUAAACCCUUUUCCCUUUUUCUCCAUUUCUUCUUUUUAAACCACGCCACCACUUUCCUUCUGGUUUCUUUCUGAUUCCAUUCCCUCCCUAGAAAAGAAGAAACCAAAAGGAACCCUCUUCCCUCCCCACCUUUAUUCCUCCCUUCUUCCUUCAUCCCUUCCCCAAUAAUUCCCACUCUCUCCUUUCUCUCCUCCAACACGCUGCAACUGAUUUUCAUUUGUUUCCAUUAUUUGUGUUCAUCAUCCAUGGGGUUUCAAGACAAGAAGAAGUCUGCUUAUCAUCACCACCAUCACCAGGUACUAACCAGAGGCGGCGGAGAGAUGGACGGCGGGGAGAGGUGGGUUGUCGCGGGGAUCCCACUCCGGGCCCCGCUGAAGCCCAUUUUCACGAAUCCGUUGGAUGGCGAGAGCGACACCGAGGAUUGCUCCACUACUACUACUCCCACGGGCGAAGGGUCGAGGAUCCAAACUAAGGUCACGUGCCCGCCCCCGCCUCCUAGGAAGCGCAAGCCUUCCCUCAAGUACCGGUACGGCGGCGUUCGGGAGUUCUUCACGCCCCCUAAUGACUUGGAAAGCGUAUUCGUUCGCCGAGCCGAGAAGGCUAAUUAGUUGGAAACAUACAUGGAAGGGUAAUAACAGUUAUUUCAUCACCAAGUUAACCUUGUAAUAUCCCUAGCUAGAAUUAAGUUACCAUAUCCUAGCUUUAUUCCUAUCCUAUGACGAUGUUCUUGCUCUCCUAGGUUUUUCUUCUUUUUUUCUUUUCUUCUUUUGGAAUAUUUGGCUGUGCUCUAAUUUGUAGUGGACAGGAGAUUGUGUGUACAGAACCAGCCUUCAAUAAAUGAAAAGGCAAAUCAAAAUUCAACUAGCUAGUUAGCCUUCCAUAA